CGAACAAUAAUUAAAAUACUCAUGGCCUCUUUGCAUCGUAACAGGAGACAGUGUGUGGGGUACCGCAGGUACUCUCACGAAGUUCCAACCAUUCAGCUGUCCUGUUCAUCUGCCAGGUCCUACAGUUUUUUGAUCUGUUGAACUCUUCCGCUAUGAUUGCAUGGUUUCUCAGCACUCCACCACCGCAUGCAUGAGCGGCUGUUGGUGGAAAGGCGAGAGUAUUGUUACUGUUCUCACCGGAAGGCCUAUGAUACUAUCCAUCACCGUCUCGCCAGCGCAACAAGCCUCUUCUCAGAACAUCCCCAUAGCUUCCUCGGAUGCAGUAAUAUCUCGAUUUGCGCCAUACUGGCUGAAAUCCAGGAUAUUAAUUUCCUUCCUAACCACUUCGCUUCUUUGUAUAUCAUGCCAUAUACUGUGCCUUGCCACGUCCUGUUGGAGUACAAGUCCGCGCAUAACAGUAUCUGGCAGUCACCUCAGACUGCACUUUGAUGCACUAGCUCUUCCAGGCUACUUCAGAAUUGUUGACAAAGCGUCCCUUUCAUCUUCCACUUGUACUUGCGAGGAGGCAAAUUUAAGUGUAAACAGAAAUAAUAUGUCCGUCUGCGUAAUGCAGAAAGGUACAGUGUCCGAGUCACCGUGGGGAACACCCCAGUUCAGGUUUGGAUCUGUGCGAAUAAACAAUUCGCUGAUCCCAUGGAACGACGAAAGAAUAUGAAGUCCAAGUCCAAGCAAAAAGUCCGUUCCUUGAGCCGCGUAUAGUUAAAAGGCUUGAAUAGGCUAUGCGCGGCCUAUGACCUAGACCUGUGCCACUCGCUGUAUUGCAACCUUCGUAAUCGAUUUCUUUUAUUUUGUUCUCUUUACUGCUUCUG